AUGAGCUAUAAAUUGUGUAAGGACGGAUUGACUUGUGGGCAAUAUGUGAAGCCAGGUGGCACUUGUGUGGAAUAUGUUAAGGCCAUUGACUUUGAAGAUAGCUAUCGAUUUCCAUUCAAUUUUCAUCUCUCUAUACCUGCCUUGAUUUGUCCAGAUGGUUACAAAUACAGUUCAACAUUCAUGGGAGACAGGAUUGCAUGUCUAAAGAAUGGAAGUGACUUUUGUUUCACCAAUGCUCCUUGUGGUGGCUACGAUUACUUCAACAUCAAAUCAAGUUACAGCUUUAAACCUGGUCUAGAGAUCUCAAAACAAUUUGAAAGACUAACAAAAUGUGACACAGCGGACAAGAAAUGUGUCAGAGUAUUUGCAAAAGAGAACGGUAUGAGAUGUUUAGACCAUUGGGAAUGUCGUUCGUCCUACUGUUUCAACAAAACGUAUUGCACAGAAUUGCCGAAACAAUUUUCUUGUGGACCAAGCGUUUCUAAUCCAAGCGUCACUGAUUGCCCUGGAUACUCACAUUGUGUUUGUACCAACUCAACACUAGGCAUUUGUUCGAAUGUUUGUUUUGCGGAAUUGGCCGAUUUACAUACAUGUGCUUAUAAUUUGGGUGUGUUUGGAGAGACUAGUCCAGUAUCAAUCAUGGAAAAUACAUUGCUUCCAUUCAUUGACAAUGCAUCCUCGAUAUUCUCUCUCGAGAACGGAACAUGCAAAGAUUACAUGACCAAAUAUUUUGAAUGUAUGCAGUCCUUUCAGCAACGACUCGGAUUAGAAAUUCUACCCAUUGUGACUGGUACUGAUAAUGAGCGAGCCAUUCCAAUACCUCAACCGGAUGAUGAAUAUUUAUUUCGAGUGCAAUCAUCAUUUGAUUUACGUAAUGAUGUUGACCGACCACUUUUAAUUUCUAAGCUUAAUGAAUCAUAUCGAAUAGAUACCUCACGUUUCUUAGAACCAAGUGCGAUUCAAUUGACCACUAUUGACAUGCUAUCUAAUGGCUCUCAAAUACUAACUCAAACGUCAAGUCUAUAUAUCAAUGUUAGAAUCUCAGAAUAUGUGAUGCUUUCUACAGCAGAGAGAAUGGUAGGACUGAUGCCCAGAUAUAAAUUCAAAAGUGUAGACUUUAAGAAUAUUCAUGCAUGUGCAUGUUGUUCAGAAAUGGUAACAAAAUAUGUAGAAGCUUCGCUGGAUGGAGGGAUUUUACUCAAAGCGAAGAGAACUGAUUUAGUUGCUGAGAUUUAUAUCAAUAAGGUGGAUUUAAGUAUCACUAUUUCUGGACUCGAACCUAUUAUGGGACAUAAUUCAUUCCUGAACCGCAAUUGGUAUGAGAGAUGUGACAUCAUUCUUGUUCCACCGGAAGACAUUGACGUUGUCACACUUUCAAUCAAGAAUAACAUGCUAUUACUGGACAACAAUGCAUCAUCGCCAAGUACAGUCAGCGAAUUAGAAUCGGCAUCUAUGAACGAUUUAUUUGUAAUUUUUUUUUCAAAUUUACCUUCCAAAGUAUUGGCCGUAACUCGGGAUGUGAGAGAUGCAGCCAUGACCAAUCAACAAGUAUUUGCUAAAGUUUCCUCAUUAAUUCAAGAUGCAAUUUCUCAACAGUACAAUCAAGCAAUGAAACUACUCAAUAGUUCUUCUCGAACGAACAGUACCAACUUAACUCUGGUAGAUUGCUCUCUAUUUAAUUCGACAUUGGAUGUUAAGGCAUAUCAUCGAACAAUAUUCUCCUUCCCAUUGACAUUCGAUCUGAUAUUCCCUCUCCCCUGUCCUCAUCCUCAUUUAUAA